GACAUCAGUUCACCAACUGCUAGGAUGGAGGACACAUCUCUACUGUGGCUACUCUUUCUGACCUCACUGCUGAGCAGCACAACAAACCAAGCCUCUCUGACUGUGAGUCCCAGCAGAUCUCAGAUGUUUAAAGAUGAAUCUGUCUCUCUGAGCUGUGAGGAGGACGACAGCUCUGCUGGAUGGACUCUGAAGAGGAACACAACCAUAAAAACCAGGACUCAGUGUGGAGAUGACUGGGGAAGACCUGCUGGUUCUUCCUGUAAAAUCAGCUACAUGGUCCCAGGGGACAGUGGAGUUUACUGGUGUGAGUCCAGAGAGGGAGCAACCAGUAACAGCAUCACCAUCACUGUCCCUGGUGGACCAGUGAUCCUGCAGAGUCCUGUCCUCCCUGUGAUGGAGGGAGAAGACCUCACUCUGACCUGUAAAACAGAGACGUCCUCCAACCUCCCAGCUGGUUUCUAUAAAGAUGGCUCCUUCAUCAGGACUGAGCCUGCAGGUCACAUGACCAUCCACCAUGUUUCCAGGUCUGAUGAAGGCCUCUACAAGUGUCUCAUCAGCAGUGUUGGAGAGUCUCCACCCAGCUGGGUCUCUGUCACAGGUGAGGAGGUUACCUUUGAUUUCAGGAGUUCAUUCAUCCAGAUAUUCACCUGACAGCUGAUUCUCUCUACAGAGAAACCAAAGACCACAAGCCCUCCUUUGAGCUCUCUGCCACCCCCGACCUCAGACCACCUUGUGUUCAGACUGGUCUCUCAGACCUCAGAACCCCUCCCCCUUGUGGUCAUACUGUUUUGCCACCUGGUGGUGUUCUGUCCGUACUGCAUCUCCACAUUCAUCAUGGUGUCUUUAUAUCGACGCAGGGCCACAGGAAACGGCCUACCUGUUGCCAUGGUGAUGACCUUGCCCACUAAGGCUGAGGAGGGAUUGGAUGAUGAAUAUGAGAAUGACAUCACCGCUGUCACCAGAGAGCAUCACUUCUGAACUGAUCUGAAAAGAAGCUGAAAUCUCCGUAGAUCAGAAACAGUUCCCCCGGCCGUCUUAA